AAACACUAGGAAUCUGCUUUACUGGCGAGUCCAUAAAGCCUGGUGCUUUAUUUUGGCUUUAGGAAAACAGCUUCGUUCAAACCCUCAGCAUCCAGCUGCUUGGGGGAUGUUCUGUUCAGAGUCCGCACUCCCUGUGUGACCGCAUUUGCUUCUGGACCACAGGGUGCAUUUGCGCUGGCUGAUAUGGGGGGGAUAUUGUGGACUGCAGAGGAAAAACUGGAUGCAGCAAGUUUGCUUUCAGCCCUGGCGACAAUGCUGUCUGAAAGGUAAGGGGCUGACUCUGCUCUCGGCGGGUCUCCCUGGAAUCGGUGGGCGCCGAUUCAGUCCCCAAGGGUCGGACUCUGCCAUGGCAAUCCGGAGCAAGUCCUCUGGAAUCAGUGGGGGUGAAACGGGCGUAAGCUGGGGAGAAGGAGGGUCUGCGUCUGGUCUCCGUGUAAAUCAGGACUAACUCCCCUGAAAUCCAGAGGCUUCUUGCUGUGAGAGCGGGCUCUUUGAUCUCGGCAGAGGCUGGGCUGAAGGAGUUAAUCCGGAGCGAGUAAACGGGUCGGGGGGAAUGCUGGAGUUGAUACUUAAACAGGAGAGGCGGGCCCUUCUGGCUCCUGAUUGGCCUCCACUUCCAUCCAAAACUUUUUUUUUUUUUCCCUUUUUCACUUCUCCUCCUCCUGCUUCUCCGGGUCCCAGGGGAGGGGGAAGUGGAAUAGUGCGAGAUCAAAAAUAAACCUCUUAUGUCAAAGCAGGGGGAAGAAAGUAUAAAUACCGAGGAGUCGGCAGCCCGCUUUGGGGCUGCAAAGGCUUUGGAGGGGCUGCUCCAGGCGAGCUCGGCCAGAAGCGCCUGGGGAAGACAGGAGGGAAGCAAACUCUUAGAGAGAGUGAGAAGCCCCUUCCCCAAGCCCCCCUCCGCCUCAGCACCUUGCCCAAGCAGCCAGCUGACUGGCUGCUGCUGGGUGUUUGGCUUGCAAAGGUGCAGGGAGCCCCCAGCCCGGGCUCCGGAGGGAAGCGGAGUUUUCUCCAUCUCUCCCGCUUGCUGGUAAUUAAACCAGCCGGCGUGAACCUCUCCCUCUUCUAUUGCAUCUGGCUUCACGCCCCAGCGCCGGUCCCACGCCGGCUUGCGGAGCUCGCCCUGCCCUGCCCUGCCCUGCCCUGCCGGGGGGCGGCACUUGGGUCUCCCGUCGCACUUGUCCGGUCCCACCAUGCCCCUUUCCCGUCGGGAGCCGCCCGUGCCUGGCAGGCGGGCACCUGCCUGCCCCCUCCUGCUGCUGCUGCUGCUGGGGGCUGCCCGGGCGCUGCCCAGCCCGCCCGGGGACUCCCAGGAGGUGGUGCCCGUGCGGAUCCCAGACCCGCGGGGCGGAGAGCGGGUCUCCUUCUGCCUCUCCGCCUUCCGCCGGGACUUCGUGCUGCAGCUGGCGCCCGAUGCCCGCUUCCUCGCCCCGGGGCUGACGAUCCAGCGCCUGGGCCGGCGGGGCCCGCGGGCCGACGGCGGCGAGGCCGGGCUGCGGCGAUGCUUCUACUCCGGGACCGUCAACUCGCAGCCCGGCUCGCUGGCGGCCGUGAGCCUGUGCCGGGGCAUCCGCGGCUCCUUCCUGGUGGACGGGGACGAAUACCUCGUCCAGCCCGCGGCCCGCGGGGGCGCCGAGCCGCUGCGGCAGCCGCACCGGCUCCAGAGGAGGGGCCGGGGGGGGCCCGCGCCGCCCGCGCCCGGGAGCGAGCUGCCCCUGGGGGCCAGCCGCCGGGCCAAGCGCUUCGUGUCCGCGGCCCGCUUCGUGGAGACGCUGCUGGUGGCUGACGCGUCCAUGGUCCGGUUCUACGGGGAAGAGCUGAAGAACCACAUUCUGACCCUGAUGUCAGUGGCCGCUCGGAUCUACCAGCACCCUACCCUGAAGAACUCCGUCAGUUUGGUGGUGGUGAAGGUGCUGGUUGUGGAGGAUGAGAAGGCCGGGCCGGAAGUGUCCGAUAAUGGAGGGCUCACGCUGCGCAACUUUUGCAACUGGCAACAGAGCUUCAACCCCGCGAGUGACCGUCACCCAGAGCACUAUGACACUGCCGUCCUGCUGACUAGACAGGACUUCUGUGGGCACCAGAGCUGCGACACCCUGGGAGUGGCAGACAUUGGCACCAUGUGUGACCCGAACAAAAGCUGCUCUGUGAUUGAAGAUGAGGGUCUCCAGGCUGCCUACACCUUGGCUCAUGAACUAGGACACGUGCUCAGCAUGCCCCAUGACGACUCCAAGACCUGUGAGAGGCUCUUUGGGCCCCUGGGAAAACACCACAUGAUGGCGCCUCUCUUUGUCCACUUGAACAAGACCCUGCCCUGGUCCCCCUGCAGCGCCAUGUACCUCACAGAGUUUCUUGACGGGGGACAUGGUGACUGUCUGCUUGAUGCUCCAGCCGAACCCAUCGUCCUCCCCACAGACCUUCCAGGCCAGCUCUCCAUGUACGACCUGGACCGCCAGUGCCAGCAGAUCUUUGGCAAGGAGUUCCGGCACUGCCCAAACACCACGGACGAGGACAUCUGUGCACAGCUGUGGUGUAGAAUGGACACCAGGGAGCCCCUAUGUCACACCAAAAAUGGCAGCUUGCCGUGGGCAGACGGUACGCCCUGUGGAGUGGGCAGGCUGUGCUGGGAUGGCAGCUGCGUGGCACAAGAUGCGAGGAAGCCCCAGCCCGUGGUGGAUGGGAACUGGGGCCCCUGGAGCCCGUGGGGAGCCUGUUCCAGGACGUGCGGAGGAGGAGUGCACUUCUCGUACCGGGACUGCAAUGAUCCUGCACCUCAGAACGGUGGAAAAUACUGCGAGGGUCAGAGAGCCAAAUAUCAGUCAUGCCGCACAGAGGAAUGCCCGCUGGAUGGGAAGAGCUUUAGAGAGCAGCAGUGCGAAAAGUACAACAGCUACAACUUCACAGAUCUGGAUGGGAAUCUGCUGGAGUGGCUCCCCAAGUAUUCAGGGGUGUCCCCCCGGGACCGUUGCAAGCUCUUUUGCCGAGCCAGAGGGAGGAGCGAAUUCAAAGUAUUUGAGGCCAAAGUAAUCGAUGGGACAUUGUGUGGGCCAGAGACCCUCUCCAUCUGUGUCCACGGGCAGUGCAUCAAAGCUGGCUGUGACCACGUGGUUGGCUCCUCCAAGAAGCUCGACAAGUGUGGGGUGUGCGGUGGCAAUGGGUCAACAUGCAGGAAAAUAUCUGGCUCACUCAACAGAUCCAAGUAUGGAUAUAAUGACAUUGUCACGAUCCCUGCUGGAGCUACCAACAUUGACAUCAAACAACGCAGCCACCGAGGGGUCCGACACGAUGGAAACUACCUGGCUUUGAGAACCCUGGACGGCAAGUACCUCCUGAAUGGAGACUUUGCCAUUUCAGCCAUGGAGCAAGACCUCCUGGUGAAGGGGACAAUCCUGAAGUACAGCGGCUCUCUGACAACCUUGGAGCGGCUCCAGAGCUUCCAGCAGCUUCCGGAAUCUCUCACCGUCCAACUGCUGACCGUCUCCAGUGAGGUCUUCCCGCCCAAAGUGAAGUACACUUUCUUCAUCCCCAAGGACGUCCCCUUUAGCAAGCAGAAGGUCAAGGAGAAGAAAUCCGCCAACAUCAUCCAGCCCAUGCUGACCUCGCAGUGGGUUUUGGGAGACUGGUCCGAGUGCUCCAAAACCUGCGGCUCUGGCUGGCAGAGGCGAACGGUGGAAUGCCGGGAUGUGGAGGGCCAGGCCUCUGCCACCUGCGACAAGGCUCUGAAGCCUGAGGACAUCAAGCCCUGCGGUGACCUCCCGUGCCCCAUCUGGCGCGUCGGCCCCUGGUCGCCGUGCUCCCGAACUUGCGGCGAGGGAGUGCGGACACGGAGCGCCACCUGCAUUGACUAUGAAGGAAAGAUUGUAGCCCCUGAGAAAUGCAGCUCGCCCCCACCCCAGACGGCGACGGCUGCCUGUGUACUGCAAGAAUGCUGAGCCUGGGCAGGCCUAGUGCAUCGGAGACGCAUAACGUAGCCACCUAUUAACCAGACCAGACCUGGCUUGGCAAGUCAAGCAGGGACGUAGGUUUAAAAGUGAACGUGCACUAAUUGACCUGAGCAGGCCCCCGGGGGGCAGACCUGCUUGGAAGACUCUUUUCUGGUUUCAUCCCCUGCCAAUAGACAUCUACCUCAAGGGGAGGGGGGGAGGAAAUAGCCCGGGGGAAGGGAGGAGUCAUGUGAUUUAUUUUUACCGGUCAAUGGCAGAUGAAUUUUAAUUUAAGGAGAGAGUCAUAUUCUAGGCUAUUUCCCAAAAGAAUGACCUGAGUUUCAGCCAUGCCCACCCACUCUCCAUUAUUUACCAUAUGUGGCCUGAGAGACUCAUCUGCAGGGAGGCUGAGGGGUAGGAUAGCUGCACCACCUGGCUUGAAGGGGUUUCCAUUACAUUCAGGGUUCACAAUUUGGUUCAAUGGCUCUCAGCACCCCCACUAUACAAAUUGUUCCAGCACCCCUGAGUUUAACAAAGAUUUUAAAAAAAAAAAACCUGUGUGGGACAAAGGGCCUGAUCCUGCCACCAUUACUCAGGUACAAUUCCCAUGUUCUUCGGUGAAGACUGUGAGAGCAGAAGCCUAAAACGUGACCUUCUACUAAUUUGGUAAAUUCCAGUAGUGGUGUUCGGACCCAGGGCUUUGGUUCAGCCCAUUUGAAGCUGGGCCCCUUUGCAAAACUUCUGUUGUGGAUUGUGGCUCCGAUUUCGGUCCCCUUUAUCCCAACGUUUGGGGGUGUUUGGAUCCAGGGGGCUUGUUCAGGGCCAUGUCUUUUCUUAGAUGGUUAUAUAUGGCUGUCCACCAUCUGGACAGAUGGAAGGAGAGGGGACAAAGUCGGUCCAUCAGUGGUGCACACUGCAGUGGAAGCCCUGUGAAAAGUCAACCUGCAAAGUCAAAUCCAGCAUUGCACAUGCCCAUCUGAAUCUUUCCGACUUGUCUCUCUCAGUUAGCCUGCACAGACAACCAAUGAACUGUUGCAGGAGGCAUAGCACUGUGAGCAGGGGACUGAGCUCCAGCUCCUCCUGAGCCUAAAGGACACUCAUUCCUUUAUGCGGCCUUAGGUGAGUCACUUAACCUCAACUUCCUCAGCUGUAAAAUGGGGUUAUUGGCACUAUCCUGAUUAACAAGAUGUCAUGAGGAUUAGCUGAUGUUUGUACAGUGCUUUGAAGAGUGAAAUAUUUAUUGCAUGAUAUAAGCUAGAUGCUGCAUCUCAACUAUGCCUUGCCUCCUGACCAGGAGGGUGCGAGCUAGUGUUUCCUUGCGCAUAGAAACCCUCCCUGGUUUACAGUCAAUUCUCCCACUACUUUGCCCUAGUGUUGUUCUCCAUCUGACCAGUCCUGACUAGAACAUCUAAAACAGCUUCUCCCAAGGCUGGAGUCUUUUCUUUUUUUUCCCCAGCAGGGAUUGCCACCAGAGCUAAGUAAUGUAGCCAGCUCUUCUCUCUCUGACCCAGAUGUUGUCUGUCCCUAGUGCAGACAUCUGGCCAGUCUCUGAACUUUCACCUUUCGAAGCAAGAGCCCUGUGCUACGCAUCCGGUGAGACUGAUCAGAGCUAUUAGCAGCCUCUGGCUUUAGGGAAAAUGUGCAAAUUUACUUUUCAUCAAAGUUUCUCAAUAGGGGAUCCUCAUAUUACCCAGAAGUUCCCUUUUCUUAUGCCCCUACCCUGGGGACUCUUGAGCAUCUUUCUCUCUUUUGAUGCUCUCUCUCUGUCUCGCAUGUGUACGGCUUCCAUUUAAUUGUUGGAAACAAACCACAGAGAACUAAAAAGGUCUCCAUUUGUCUGUCUCUCUCUCUCUCUCUGCCUGUCUCAUGUGUGUCCUUUUCUAAUUAGGGCUGGGUGACCCUCCUGGAGGAUAAGAUUCUGUGAUCAUUGAAAACUAUUCGGUGGAGGGGAAGGGUUCUAAAAUCUAUUGACCCUAUUUUCCCUGUAUUUUAAUUCUAGGUUUUGCUAGCUCAAGCAAAGUCCGUACUAUAGGGAGGGACAUGCCAGCAUUUCCCCAUCAGAAUAGUGGUGAGAGCAGAUUACUAGGAGGCAGGAUUCCCCGGUUCUGUUCCUGGCUUUGCAGCUGCUUUCUGACCUUGGGGAAAUCACGUCUGUUCUCUGUACCUGGGACUAUGUCUACACAGUGACACCGAGCCUAGGUCGAUUGACUCAGCCUCACAGGGAUUGGCUGUGGGGCUGCAAAUAGCAACGUAGAGGUUUGGGCUCGGGCUGGAGCCCAGGCUCUAAGAUCCACCCCCAUUGCAGGGUCCCUGAGCCUGGGCUCCACCCUGAGCCUGAAUGUCUACGCUGCAAUUUUUAGCCCUGUGAGCCCAAGUGAGCUGACACAGGCUAGCUGCAGUCAUGCUGUAGGUCUUCUAUCUGUAUAGGAGCAGCCUGGCCAAAGUCAGCUCCUUAAAGGUCAGCAAAGUAUUGUUACAGAAUGGGAGUGUUUGAUGAGGCCCGACGGAAGCUAUUUCAACCACAGAUGUCAGCACUGAGGGCGCACUGUGUGGCGGGCGGCUGCAAGCCCUUGUAAGAGCCAUUCGUUUAUUUAUUUAUUUUUUCGCUGUUGUUAUUAUUCCAAAAAUUGACUCCUGCAUCUUUGACUUGCUGCUCCUCCUGGGGCUGGCACUGCAUGCAGAAUGUGCUCUGGCAACCGCAUUAUGGGGGGUGCCCCAAAACAACAUCCACAGUGGGGUCCCUCUUUUUUUUCCUGCAGUCGGUGACCUUUCAAACUAAAGCUGCUACGUGAAGUGUGCUAGGGGGCUCCCCGACCUUUACCCACUCCCUGAGUAGACCAGUGUUAACAUUCUGCUAGCUUGGCCCACGUGAAAGGGCCCCAUUAAACAGCCACGCCAAGGAAAAAGGUAAGGGGAUUGACCCUUCCACCUUCGAAUGGAGUUGGGAUAGUGAAAGAGAAGUCAGUUUUGUUAAUCUUGAACAAAGAAAAGUCUGGCUGCUGGGUGCACUGUAUUUAAUAUAAGGGGCAGCAGGAAUAGGAGAAGUGCGAAAACAAACAUUUUGGUUCUUCAAUUAAACUCUAGUCCUUUCUUUCAGGAAAUCUAGCUAGCUCGUGCAAAGGUGUGUGGUUAAAUUCUCUGGCUGCAUUUGAAUAUUUCAACCAGUAUCUCAAUAUUGGGCGGAACCAAAAUCCCAGAUCUGAAAGCUCCUGAUUUAGGGGUUCAAAAUCCAGAUCCAAAAGCAUGGCCUAUUCAACCUUGAGGUUUGGAUCUAGACCCUUACAGAGAGAGGUUUGAGCUUUAAACUCUUAUCAGAAGCUGGAGUAAGGAGGGUUGGUUCCUACCCACCUCUUAAUAAGAACUGACCCAAACCUGGGCCCCAAACCUGAGCUGAACCCAGAGAGAACCUUAGCACCGCUGCGUCUGCAUUUCUAGGUUCUGGGUGCAGAUGUGCCAAAAUAGCAUGAGAACGGCUGUUUGGACCAGGAAUCUUUCCAGAAAGCCUGUCCUCACCAGACAUCUAGCUUAAUUUUGAAGACCUAGAACAUUCAGGCCCUGCUCUUCCUCCAGCAGGAUAUGGAUAACUUCCACUGAAGCCCAGUAAAGAUAUUCUUAUCCUGGGGGUCGGCUGGAGGGAAGAGAAGACCCCUGCUGAUCUGGUUGUUUCCUUUAAUCAAACCACUGAAUCUCAAGUUUGCCCUUCUCCAAAUAUGCUGGGAAAUCUUUACAAAUCCACAUUGGGUUCCUUCAGGAUGCAGUGGCUCACACGUUUCUCACCUUCCCUUCACUGAUCUGAAAAUGUGUAUGUAGAACAGGUCAUGAACUCAAUAGCACUCUCCUCCAAUAUCAUUUUACCGGCAUGUUACACAAUAUAUGAAACGGACGGACCCGAGCCAGAGAGUGCACGUCGGGAUCCAGACUUUGAAAACGUUCACGGCAUAGGGGAUCCAGAAUUUCUGUUAGGCCCCUUUAUGGAGCUAAUGGACAGCUGCAAAGUUUGGAUCCAGCGCUGAAUUUCCCCAGAGUUUGAGGUUCAAUUCAGGCCUCUCUAAUGAACAUACAUGGAACGCUGCUCUAGCUCCAGGAAUUUAAACCAUCUCACACGCUCCAACAAAUAGUUGGAUGCUGAAGUCAUGCUUUCUUGCUUUGGUAUUUUUUUCCUUCGUGUGUGAGUGUUUAACUCAAAAGCAACUAUGUGUUUUUUCUCCCAAGGCUGUAGCGCCCAUUUGAGAUAGACUGCAAUUUCUGACCUGAGAUUUCCCUGAAAUUGUGCCAAGAAAAACAUAUGCGCUAAUAAUGAAGUCCACCCUGGUGUCAAACAAGCAGAGAGACCUCCUCCAUCUGUUUAUGUCCAUGGCGCAGUUCAUUAGCUAGAACUUCUUGCAUGUGCAAGUUCCCGGUUACAGACAAACCCCAAUCAGCGUGAUAUUUUUGAUUAGCUCCCCAAUUACUUUCUAGCUUGGCUUGUGUUCCCCUUAGUCCUAAUAAUGUGAAAGAGGAAUCUUCGUCCCCAGUUCAACAAGGUACUGAAGAGCACAUCUGGCUUUAAGCAUGUGAGUAGAUCUGUGGACUUCAGAUGAGUUUAAAGUUAAGCAUGGGUUUAAGUGAUUCGCUGGAUCACGAGGGGGGGAAUGCAUCUGUGGUAUAGAAAGCUCAGUUGAAAAAAUACCAUGGUGUUUUGCUGUAUUGGUCCUUGAUAUGGAAGUAACAUUAUAGCAAGCAUUUACACUGGUGCUGUUGUUUUAUAUUAUUCAGCCCAGGCCUGUGUCUCUAAGCGUUAAGAGUUUUAACGCCAGCAUGUGCGGUCCAGCCCUGACCACUGAAAAGUUGAGCUAACCUCGAGGUGACAAGGGCAGGAAACCUGCCAGUUCCUCAUUCACGCCAAUGUCAAUCCUGUCUAUUUUAAGCAGACCUUUUGAGUCUCUUGUUCUCACUCUUCCAGUUACUGUAGCUACUAGAGAUUCGCUCUCAGCACAAAAUCUGGAUCAGGAUCAGAACUUCUUUGUGUGGUGUUCUGAUCCCAGGCAUUGGGGCCCAGGUCUGAUACAUACAUUUCACUGGGUGAUGAUUGUUUUGGAAUUCCUGACCUAUCCUUCUCUUAGAAACCUGUAGCAUUUAUGGUGAUGUAAGUCAAAUAAGUUAUAUAUAGGAGAUAUAUAUAGAGAGAAAGAUGUAUAUAUGUUUCCCUUCAGUGAAGGAUUGUAGCAGUGUACUGAGCCUCUUCUGUAAGAUAUUUAUUAUGAAUUUUUGUUUUGUACAGUAGCUGUCUGAAAAGAAGGUGUGACCAUUUGUGUUUUAACAUGCUGCUGCUGUCCGCCCCCAUCGUACACCCGCAGUGGAGUUUUGGGGGAGGAAAUCUCGCUAAUCUUUCUAACUGCUUAGUUACACAACUGGUGUCUCACUACUGUUUGGUGUGCAAAUCAGGACGCAAUUUCCAAUCAAGCUUUGUAAUCAUAACAAACCAAUAGAAAUAAACGUUCUAAUUUUAUUUUAACAAAGAAACAUUUUCUUGUUUUAUCCUGGGUUUUGUUUUGUUUUGUUAAUCUUUGAAAAUGGAUAGUCCAGUUGUAAUGCUAGCCUUUAUCUCUUAAUAAAGGACUUC